AUGGCAAAAGGUCAUCUCGCCAACCCAAGUCCCCUCGGGUUCGGCGGCUUUGCAACCACCCUGAUGACCCUUUCGCUUUCUAUGAUGGGCUUCCGGAGAGUCGCAAACCAAACAGUGUUCAUUGCAAACCUUUGUUUCCUCGCGGGAUUCGGGCUUUUCAUAUCUGCGCAAUGGGAAAUGGUGAAAGGAAAUACCUUUGGGAUUAUAUUGUGGCGGGUAUGGUGUAUUGUUGAUGCCUCAUUGGGUGUAAUAGAGGCUUACGGCGGCGAAACGGCCGAAUAUCACAACGCGUUUGCGUUCUAUCAGCUGGUUUGGUGCUUUCUCAAUUUCUUUUUUCUACUCGCUGCUCUACCAACACAUCUUCCGAACAUCGUGGUUUACGCCGCCCUGGAGCUGUGUUACAUUUCCAAUUGUACUGCCCACUUCCUCCAGGCUGAUGAUAGGUCGGUAUUAGCCGCAGACAUCACCAAGGUUGCUGGUGUCUUUGGUUUCACAUCAGCCCUAGCUGGAUUCUACCUCCUGGCACAUGGACUAUGCCAGGAUACGCUUCCAUUUGAAAUUACCUUGAUCCGUGAAACAAACUCGGUUUAA